AUGGAAAGAAUAUUGACACUGUAAAUAAUUUCUAGAUGUUGUAAUGAAGAAAUUGUGAUCAUUUUAACAGCAUACAGUUUGGUGCAUCUAUAAACUAUGAAUCAACUACAAUAACUGUGGUAGUUUUAGAUUAUGUUGCUUACAUUUUAGAGUAGAUGA